UAUACUCCCUAUCACAGAAUCAAUGGAGAACCCAAAGCUCGAAGAACAGAGGAUGUGAAUAGGGUCUCUUUUUUUUACUGAAUUUUUGGCACAUUUCUCUUCUGGGUGGUGUGCAUUACCACAUUGUCAGAUGCAGAACAAUCAGAAACGUUUAUGGGCUUUAUUGCACUGUUCUUGACUGGUUUCCUGCCAAAAAACUGAGCAUAAGGGUUUGGAAGUUGGGAUAUUUCUUAGAUUUUUUUUUUCCUGAAAAUGGCAAUGAAGCCAUCAAACAACAUCUGGAUUCGUCGCCAGCAAUGCCCAUGUGGAGAUUGGAAAUGCUAUAUCAAAUAUGAAGGAGAUGAUCAGACUUCAGCAAACUCUCAAUUGGUAAAGAGUGAGACAUCAUCGUCAUCUUUAGCAUCAGAAGUCGUCUUCACUCCAUAUGUGGGUCAGAUAUUCAAAAGUGAUGAUGAAGCAUUUGAGUACUACAGCAACUUUGCUCGGAAGAAUGGGUUUUCAAUAAGAAAAGCACGCUCAACUGAAAGCCAAAAUUUGGGUAUUUACCGAAGAGAUUUUGUUUGUUAUCGUUCUGGGUUUAAUCAACCAAGAAAAAAGGCCAAUGUUGAGCACCCCAGGGAUCGGAAAUCAGUACGAUGUGGGUGUGAUGCAAAGCUGUACUUGACCAAGGAAAUUGUUGAUGGCGUUACUCAAUGGUAUGUUUCACAAUUCAGUAAUGUUCAUAAUCAUGAAUUGCUGGAAGAUGACCAAGUGCGUCUGCUUCCUGCAUAUCGGAAAAUACAGGAGGCUGAUCAGGAACGCAUUCUUUUGCUUUCCAAAGCUGGUUUUCCUGUGAAUCGGAUAGUGAGGGUGUUGGAAACAGAAAAGGGAGUUCAACCUGGGCAACUUCCCUUUAUAGAGAAGGAUGUUAGGAAUUUUGUUCGAACAUGUAAGAAAACUGUUCAAGAAAAUGAUGCUUUGCUCACUGAGAAAAGAGAAAAUGAUACAUUGGAACUCCUUGAAACUUGCAAGGCUUUGUCAGAGAGGGAUCCGGAUUUUGUUUAUGAUUUUACUAUGGAUCCAAAUGAUAAGGUUGAGAAUAUUGCAUGGUCAUAUGGGAACUCUGUUCAUGCAUAUUCAGUGUUUGGUGAUGUGGUUGCUUUUGACACUACAUAUCGCUCUAUCACCUAUGGAUUGCUCUUGGGUGUGUGGUUUGGCAUAGAUAAUCAUGGCAAGGCAAUCUUCUUUGGAUGUGUUUUGCUGCAAGACGAAACUUCUCAGUCAUUUGCAUGGGCUUUACAGACUUUUGUUCGGUUUAUGAGAGGAAGACGUCCACAAACAAUUCUAACUGAUAUAGAUUCUGGGCUUAGAGAUGCUAUAACUAGUGAAUUGCCAAAUACUAAACAUGUAAUAUGUUUAUGGCAUAUUCUGUCUAAAUUAUCCAGUUGGUUUUCUUUGCCACUUGGACCACAGUAUAUGGAUUUUAAAUCUCAGUUUGAUAUAUUGUGUCGUCUGGAGAGCAUAGAGGAUUUUGAACAUCAGUGGCAUCACCUUGUUGCUCAGUUUGGACUUGUUUCUGAUAAACAUAUUGGUCUGCUCUUUUCUUAUCGAGCAUCCUGGCCAUUUUCCUGCAUUAGAGGUUACUUUCUAGCUCGUAUGAUGACGUCUGAGUACUCAAAAUCUUUGGACAUGUUCUUCAAAAGAAUCUUGAGUGCACAAACAUGUUUGCAAGCUUUCUUUGAGCAGGUUGGUGUUGCUGCUAGUUGGGCAAAUCAGACCAGAGAAAACAUGCAAUAUAUGCAUAUUAAGACAUGCAUGCCUAUUGAAGAACAUGCACAGAGUAUUCUUACGCCUUAUGCCUUCAAUGUGUUACAACAUGAAAUAGUGCUGUCUAUGCAAUACGCAACAAGAGAAAUGGCUAACGGGUCAUAUCUUGUGCGUCACUAUAAGACAGUGGAUGGGGGAUGUCUUGUGAUUUGGAUGCCAGAAGAAGAGCAAAUUCACUGUUCCUGUAAGGAAUUUGAACAUUCAGGGCUUUUAUGCCGGCAUUCUCUCCGACUACUUGUUGUAAAGAACUACUUUCAACUCCCAGAUAAAUACUUCCCACUUAGAUGGCGAAAGGAGAGUUCCUUAAUUACUAUGGAUGAUCACAACACUCAAAGCAACAGUGAUGAGUGUUCUCAAGCCUUCCAUUCUCUUGCUGCAACUCUGCUGACAGAAUCAUUGGUUUCCAAGGAAAGGUUUAAUUAUGUUCAUAAAGAACUCACAGGGCUUCUUGAUCAUGUUAGGAAUAUGCCAGUUGUUGAUGAAGUUUCUUUGAAUAUGGCACCUAACAAUGUUGAUGAGUCUUAGUUUUUGUCAAUAUAGCAAAUGGCCUCCAAAUAUACUGUCCUAGUAGUUAAAAUGUGGUGUUGACAGCGCCAAAAAGAGAAGUAAAGAUUGAAUUUUUUAUUUUUAUUUUUUUUGCUUUUAAGCUAAUAGGCACGUAAUAGAGGCAGGGGAAUAUAGAUUUAGUUCAACUUCCAACAGCCCAUCCUAGAUUCUGGAUUGAGUGGCUUUAUUUUUCUGUAUUUAUUUGAAUUGUCACUACAGGCUGACAAGAGGUAGGCAGGCACUUUUUAUUCUUUAUUGUAAAAUGUAAUACACUUUUAUGUGAAAGGCUUUUUUUUCUCUCUUUUUUAUUUUU